ACAGCCUCUUGGAGGGAAGAAUCACUCUGCAACUUAAAAGAAGGAAAACAAUCGACUUUCUGUCCUAGCUCUUCACAUAUACAAGGUAUCCACCAUGCCUACAGAAGCAAAGCAGAGUAAUUUUGAGGGCAGUUUUGUCCAAAACUUUCUUGUCUUCAGAGAACAGUCAAGACAGUUUGACGCCAUUACCCAGUGUAUUCACAACAUCCUGCCAGAAGAAUUUAAAAGUAUUGGAGCAGGUAAAAGCAGCCUGGAUGUUCUUGGUGUCGGAAGUGGUGGAGGGGAGGUGGAUGUCCAGAUACUCACUUUACUGCAGUCCACAGUCCCUGAUGUCCCGAUCACUGCUGACAUUGUGGAGGGCAGCUCUCAGCUCACAGACAACUUCAAAGCUUUGGUUGCAAUGACCACCAACCUCCAGAAGAUCCCUUUUGCAUGGCAUAUCAUGCCCAGUGAGAACUAUGAGAGGCAAGUCAAAGCAAAAGGAGACAUGAAGAGAUUUGACUUCAUACACAUGAUUCAGAUGCUCUACUUUGUGGAUAACCUCUCUGAUACUAUCAAGUUCUACCACAGCCUUCUGAAGAGCAAUGGCAGGCUUAUGAUCAUCAUUGCAGCAGAGAACAAUAGCUGGGACGUCCUGUGGAAGACUUACACAAAAGAGCUUUGCGUCAGUAGUAUCAAAGAGUGGCGCACAUCAAGAGAAGUUAUCGCAUCCCUAAAGAGCCAGGGUCUGAUAUAUGAGGAGCACGCCAUUACCGGAACCUUAGACAUCUCUGAGUGCUUCAAUCCAAACAGCCAGACUGGAGAACAUCUGCUGAGCUUCUUUACAAUGACACAUGACUUUAACCAGUCUUUCACCCCAGAGGUCAGAGCAGGUAUUUUAGACCUUCUUAGCAACAAGUGCAGCACUGAUAAAGAUGGCAGGGUGUUGUUCAACAUUGAUGCAAGCUGCAUUCUUGUUCAUACUUGAGUUUGUUUUAUUGAAAAAAUGUUUAUUCAACCUAAUUUACCUUCUUGCAUUCACUUUUCCCUACCAUUUAAUCAGAAGUACCGUAUGUUUGCCUGUUGCUAACAUUAAGUUUACCACGUGUGGAAGUUUUCAGUCUAUUAAGCAUUUAUUCACCUUAUAUGUAAUGAGUUUUGAAUAGACUUCAAUAACCUUAGUUUAGUUCUUUAAGUACAUAUCCUAAAAAAUGAGGCGGUAGCUAUAUAUAUUCUUAUCUUAACUGUGGCUCUAAUUACUGCUUUUAAUAAUAAAUGUAUGUUACAGUUGUUUCUCA